UGUGCCUCCGCCUCAUAUCACAAGAGCUUUGCUUUUUCUGGUGUGGAUGCAUGCUGGCAGUGUUAAAUCCCUUGAAUUGGGUCAGUGGAAGUGCGUUCAGCAGGACAGACGAGGUAAAGCACAAUGAUUAGCCACUAAGCCCAGCCCACAGAGGAGCGAUCUGUCUGACGGACCCAUCGACUGGAAACACACUGAUGUUUCUUGCAACGCUGGCAGGGAGACAAUUACACCACCGAACAUUCAUGCUAAGGUCUAAAAAGUGAGUGGAAAGCCCAAGAUGCCCGAGCAGAGCAACGACUACCGCGUGGUGGUGUUUGGAGCAGGCGGCGUGGGGAAGAGCUCGCUGGUGCUUCGCUUCGUGAAAGGCACUUUCCGGGACACCUACAUCCCGACGGUGGAAGACACGUACCGUCAGGUGAUCAGCUGCGACAAGAGCGUCUGCACCCUGCAGAUCACGGACACGACCGGCAGCCACCAGUUCCCUGCCAUGCAGCGUCUGUCCAUCUCCAAGGGUCACGCCUUCAUCCUGGUCUACUCCAUCACCAGCAAGCAGUCCCUGGAGGAAUUAAAGCCCAUCUACCAGCAGAUCCUCGCUAUCAAGGGCACCGUGGAGAACAUCCCCAUCAUGCUCGUGGGAAACAAGAGCGACGAGACUCAGCGCGAGGUGAAGACGGACGACGGCGAGGCCCAGGCCAAGAUCUGGAAGUGCGCUUUCAUGGAGACCUCGGCUAAGACCAACCACAACGUCACCGAGCUUUUCCAGGAGCUGCUCAACCUGGAGAAGAAGAGAAACAUGAGUUUGAACAUCGACGGCAAGCGGUCCGGGAAGCAAAGCAGAGCCGACAAGCUGAAGGGGAAAUGCAGCGUCAUGUAGACUGCUGGAUGGAGAUAACGCUGAGAUGGAGUGAUAGCGUGACAAAGGAACUGGAGAUAAUGUUAUUAAACGUUUCAUGCUUAUUUCCUGCAGACACCUUAGAUUUCAUCCUGCUCCAUCAGUCUUGGCCUUAACAACAACAGUGGCCGAAUCAUAUUGCAUUGCGUGUUUCUCAUUUACUGUUUAUAUUCACAUCAAGAAAAUGCUGAGAAACAUCGAGUUUCAGACAGCAAAUGCAAUAGCCUUUAAAAAAGCCCUUUGAAGCGCAUAAUGCAACCAUUUUGUUUUAUUUUUCGCAAAAAUACAACAUUGGUGUUUGGCUUUAUAAUGCCAGAGAGGUGUUAGCCAAACAUAAGAGUCAGAUAUUAUUUUGCAUAAUGUAUGUAGCAACUAAUGUGAGCCUAUAGCUGUGAAGGCUUACAUUGUGUUAUUCACAAUCUUAAGUUUUUAUUAUUAUUUAUUUAUUUUUUUAAACAUUACUUAUACCAGGUUGAAAAAUAGUGUUGAGGUUAUGUAUCAAUUUUGAAAAAUGUAGACUGCAUUCCCUUUAAUAAUGUUGUGUAUAAGCUACUUUGAUUUGUUUUUAUGAUAACGUUUUGAUUAUUUUUGCAUGGUGUCUUAUAUAAGGACAGACGAUAUUUAAGACAAUCAUUUGUUAAACAACAAAUUGACUGAGAUGUUACUCCAUCUAAGAUGCUCUCCAAAACAUUUGAAUCUUAACAUCUAAAUAGAUCAUUCAGAUUUCAUGCACACAUUCUCAGCCGUCAAUUUGCAUAGCUUUCCCAAAUUGAGACACUUCUGAAUUCGCUGAAGUGAACCAUCUUGAUUUUCAUGAGAUGAACUGCUAAUCUUCUCCACAAGUGCGAUUGAGACAAUAGCGGAUCUGGCACUUACAAGAAUGAAUUUGCAAGAGGUCUCUAUUAGCACGGUGGAUGACAGCAAGAAGCCCUGAUUUGCAUGUUUUUCCUUGAAGUAUUCCCGUUUUCCUCACAGGCAGCUUUCCCAAUACAAGCUUUUCUUAAUCUUUGAUUGGAGAUAGUACACUCUAAAAGUGCUCGGUUAUUUUCAACCCAAAAUGCUGGGUUGUUUUAACAUUUUGUUUACCAUUUUUGAUGAAGUGCUAGGUUGAAAAUAAGACAUUCUUAGAAUGUAGAGAUGUAAUACGCUGAUCUUAAUACAAGGUUAUUGUUUAAAGACAAUUUAGAUGUUUAGUCCUUAAAAUACUUGAGAAAAACAGAAACACGAACAGCUUUCAGUUUUCAGCAAAUCGACAUUGAAAUAAGAAACCAUUGGGUUUUUAAAAGGGCCUUGGUUAUAAAGCAUAUUCUAUUUAUUUAACCAGGUGAUUGCCUUGUACAAAUAUGAAUGGCAUUGCAAAUGCGCCCCUUUAAUGCGCCUUCAGGUCGUGUAUCACGACACUAAGUAAAUAUGGUACAGACAGCAUUGUGUUAUCCGCUCUGGGCUGCGAACAAAGUUACGAUUUGAAGGGUAUGAGACGUGUGUAGAAGAAACACCUGCUACUCAGAAACGCCAUUUAAUAGUUCAUAAUAUAAUUUUAAUUGUAUUGUCCUCUCUCCACGGUUUGUUUAUUCUGUUGUUAAAUGUGGCAGUGAACCACUACGCUGAUGUGCAGCAUAUUUAAGAGAUCCGGAUGUAAAACAAUGGGUCUCAUUCACUAAGCAUGUGUACGCACACAUUUGUUCGUAAAAUGUGCGUACAGUCAUGAUUCAACAAAAACUUUCAUACUAAAAUUUAUUUUA